AGUUGUCAUUUUAUCUGAAAGGGAAGCCAAAAACGAUAUUUUCAAACGCGCCAACUGUUGUGGCUUUUCCACGGGAAUUUCUACUAAUAAUACUAAUUUCACUAACUUAUUAGUUGCAGGUAGCCUGACGACAUGGAGGACUUCCAGAGGAUAGAGAAGAUUGGCGAAGGAACGUACGGAGUGGUGUACAAAGGGAGGAACAAGACAACUGGAGAAAUUGUGGCUAUGAAGAAGAUCCGGCUGGAGAUGGAAGAUGAGGGAAUUCCUUCGACGGCAAUCAGGGAAAUUUCUUUGCUGAAGGAGCUUAAGCAUCCCAACAUUGUCACACUCCAGGAUGUCCUGAUGGAGGAUCAGCGAUUGUACCUGAUCUUUGAGUUUCUGUCGAUGGAUCUCAAGAAAUACAUGGACUCUGUGCCGGACAAUAAAAUGCUGGAUGAUGAACUCGUAAGGAGUUACUUGUACCAAAUCACCGAUGCCAUCCUCUACUGCCACCGUCGUCGGAUUCUCCAUCGGGAUCUCAAGCCCCAGAAUCUCCUCAUCAACAAGAAUGGCAUCAUUAAGAUUGCAGACUUUGGUCUGGGCAGAUCUGUUGGCAUUCCCGUGCGUCUGUACACCCAUGAAAUUGUCACACUGUGGUACAGAGCCCCUGAAAUCCUGCUGGGAUCCAAGAGAUACUCAUGCCCCGUGGAUAUCUGGUCGAUAGGAUGCAUUUUUGCCGAAAUGGCCACCAGGAAGCCACUGUUCCAGGGAGAUUCAGAGAUUGAUCAACUCUUCCGCAUGUUCCGCGUCCUCCAGACACCAACUGAAGAGAUUUGGCCAGGAGUUACUUCCCUUCCCGACUACAAAGCAACAUUCCCAUGUUGGACACAGAAUCAACUGGCAAAUCAGGUGAAGAAUAUCAGCGACAGUGGCUUGGAUCUGCUACAACAAAUGCUGACCUACAAUCCAAUUAAUAGGAUUUCAGCUGCGAAGAUCAUACAACAUGACUACUUCAAGAACUACACUGCUCAACUCUGUCCCAUCGAGUAGGCUGAUGCCCCAGCCCACAGCUCAAAGUAAGCAGAAUUGAGUACAUAAAUUUAUCAAAAUAUCAAUAAGACAUGACUUUUCCAUGAUUUUUUUAACGCGUUAAUGAAUUAAUCUAUCGAUAUUUUGUAGAGAAAUUAGUGUUAAGAAUCUCCUUCCCCCCAAACGAGAGUGAAUUUCAAGUGAAUUUAUUCAUCUUUUUUUGUUUAUUAAAGGAAUACCCCCAAAAAAUAUUAUUUUUU